AUGCCUUCAACAAACUCCACUUCCAGUAAUGCCUACACCACCUACUUCGUCCCCGGCUACUCCAUAUCCCGACACAUAAUGUUCACCCAUAUACAAUACCAUCUCGGUCCUUAUGUCUCCGUGCGACCAUUCACCUACCAGCAGAGGGAGGGGUAUCUGAUCAGUAACCCCGGCAGUGCCUUGACCAAGGUCAGCAUCCUUCCUUCAGGAUCAGCGGUGAGCAUGCUGACGUGUACCCAGAGCCAGAUAGAAGACCUUCAAUACAUGUCCCGGCAGUACGAGCAGCAAGAGGCCGAAAGAAUGAUAAGAGCGAGCGGAGCUCUAGACAGGGCUGAUGUUUACAUCAAUCGACCGAUACCGGUCCAGCAACGGUAUGGACACUGA